UACUCGCCCCAGUUCAUGGGCACGGCUGUCAAGUUUGACUGAUUUACGUAGAGUCCCGCAUACGACUUGCGUUUGUCGUGUAACCGCACUUUUCUCCGCUGACAGAACAGUACGAAAUUUAGGGGAAAAAAAUGCAAAACGCCAUAAUUCAAAUAGUUUAACGUUUUUGAAUCAAAGAACGAACAAAACAAGUUAUGUAAAUCGCAAUGAAUAGCGGUUAUAUUUUUCAAUGGAGAGCGACAUAACGACAAUGGCGGCAAUGUCCCCGUCAAAGCGAAGAUUGCAGAAGGAGUUAAUGUCUUUAAUACGUGAGCCUCCGCCAGGUGUACGCGUAGACGAAGAUCUUGCUGAACAAAAUUUAACACAAUGGAUCGUUCAUAUGGAAGGUGCAAAGGGUACUUUGUAUGAAGGAGAACAAUUUCAACUGCAAUUCAAAUUUAGUUCUAAGUACCCGUUCGAUUCACCAGAAGUAACUUUCAUAGGUGCAAAUAUACCAAUUCAUCCACAUGUUUAUAGUAAUGGUCAUAUUUGCCUAUCUAUUCUGACCGACGAUUGGUCCCCAGCUCUGAGUGUGCAAAGUGUUUGUUUAAGUAUUAUAUCGAUGUUAAGCAGUUGUCAAGCAAAGGAGAGACCACCUGGUAAUGCAAUUUAUGUGAAAACAUGUAACAAAAACCCAAAGAAAACAAAGUGGUGGUAUCAUGAUGACAAUGUGUAACAGCAACUGCAAAAAUUAUUAACAAUUUGUUAAUCGUGCAGUUAUCGCUGGACCAAGUGGAAUGACAUUUUCUGUAACUUAAAAUAAUUAUUAAAAUUUCAUAGAUGAAAUUGAUGAAGUAACUUUAUCACAUAUUAACAAAUUAGAUGCAUGAGUUAGGAAAAAAAAGCAAAGGCAACAUAGUGCUUAUUAUUAUUGCAAUAAAAAGGCAAUGUAAAAUGCGUGAGUUAUCCAGUUAUAAAUUAUUACGAUGUUAUUAAGAAUGAUAUAUAUUAUCCCGCAGUUGAAUAAAAAAAGCAUAAAUUACAAAACGCGAAUGCCGAAGAAAAAAAGGUGCACGCAACAUGCUAAUACAC